UUUUUGCUUAAACACAUUUCAAAGAGGCUAGAUUUCCUAUAACCAUGAAAUAGUAUACAUAAGGCUUUCAGUCAUGUGCACGAGUGUCACGAUGAAGAUCUUCACUCUGCUUUGUGUUUUUCUUCUUUAUGGGACUUUGCCUUCAAUUCAAGCAGAGAAACACUCGCUGUAUUACAUUUACACAGCCUUGUCUAAACCUGUGGAUCUGCCGGGCAUCUAUGAAUUCACUGCUAUGGGUCUGCUGGACGACACACAGAUCGACUAUUACAAUAGUAAAGAAAAGAGAAAGAUUCCCAAACAACAGUGGAUGAAAGAGAAACUGAAGGAGGAUUACUGGGAAAAAGGCUCUCAGUCCAGAAAGAGUAAAGAACAGUGGUUUAAUGUGAACGUCCACAUUAUCAUGGACCGCAUGAGACACGAUAAUUCAGCUGAGGAAGAUGUGCAGCUGGAGGCUGAUGACAACAAUGUCAUCUCAGAAGUGGUUCAGCUGGUGUCUGAAGAUCUGACCGACCCAGCAAGGCCUUCAACACAAAUGGCAGGGAGCAGCAGUGGGAUCGACCAGGGUGGCAUGGAUGCUUCUCCUGUAACCCCUGAGGAGAACAGGCCAACAGAAAAUACCAAAGUGAGGAAGAAGAAUUUAAUUAGUGCAUUCUUCCAAAAGCUAUUUGGGAUCUCAGCAAAGCCUAAGAUGGAUCUGACUGUUCCGGAGCCGUUGUGUGUCCCAGAUAAAAGUGCUGUCGAGCCAACAUCUCAAACGGAUCUUUUUGUUACCGAGCAAUCAAGUGUCCGAGUUCCAAGCGUUCCUGUGCCAGAACCUGAAUUGGAUCUGGCUAAUUCAAAGGAAAUAUGUGUCCCGGAACCUGUAUCCUCAGAUGUUCAGGAGGUUGAUGUCAACAUUGCCAUCUCAGACUUGAAGAGCCCUACGCUGGUGUCUGAAAAUCUGACCGACCCAGCUGGACCUUCAACAGAAAUGGCAGGGAGCAGCAGUGGGAUCGAUCAGGGUGGCAUGGAUGCUUCUCCUGUAACCCCUGAGGAGAACAGCCCAAAAGAAAGUACCAAAGUGAGGAGGAAGAACAAAAUUAGUGCAUUCUUCCAAAAGCUUUUUGGGAUCUCCGAAGCAAGCGCACAUUGAAAAGGAUCUGGUAGUUCCUGAGCAAUAAAGUGUCUCAGUUCCAAGCAUUCCUGAGCCGAAACCUGAAGGUCUGGAGGUUAACAUCAACAACAUCCCAUUCAGUUACUGCACUUCAGUAGAAAUAGAUGUGCAACUGGAGGUUGAUGCCAUCACAGAGCUGAAGAAUCACACACUGGUGUCUGAAGAUUUGACCGACCAAGCAGAAAGUAUGUGUAUUUCUCCAAAAGCUUGUUAGGGUGUCAGCACAGCCUGUGAUUGAUCCAGCUGUUCCAGAAUAGUUGUGUGUCCCUAGUGCCUGCACUUCCAAGCAGGAACCUAAAGUGGCAGAUCUUUCAGUGGCAGAUAACUUUUUUUCAGUUGAAGGACCAUUGUGAAUGGCACAUGACACCUGUCACUGAGGUCCAAACCAAUGUCUUCAUAGGAAAUAAGUCUACAGUGUAAGCUUAAUGUAAUACAGGAGUAUAAACAGGAAUCGAACACAAUUAUUUUUCUACACUGUAAAUCCUCUUUAGUGAAAGACUAAUCUAGGCUGUUGUGUUCUUGUGCAGUGAGACAGCUAGGAACUGAGCCAAACUGAAGGAGAUGGAUAUUACCCACAUCCUGAACGCUGCAGUGUUGAAAAAGAACCAG